AUGACGGAGCUCAGCGUGUACGAUAACGAUCCAACAAUCUACCUUUUCACUUCACUUACCGCCGGUUCUUCCCACAUCGUCACAGCUACCUCCCGAAUUGAGACAAUUCUGAGAGCGAACAAAAUCCCAUUCAAGGGAGUGGAUACAGCGACAGAUGAACUCGCAAAGAAGCUGUUCCAGCGGAGAGCAAGCGGGAAGAAGCUACCGUUGAUAGUCAAGGAGGGAUAUGUCUUAGGAGGCAUCACAGAGAUCGAAGAAUGGAACGAGUACGACGAGAUCCGAGAAGCGCUGGGCGUCACAUCAGCCUUCACCCCCUUUCCUGCGAAACCCGGACCCCCGCCUAUGGCUGCGCCUGCUACAACCACCUCUUCUUUCUCAUCCACGAGCGCAGCUGCGAAGAAGGAGAAUGUUGUCACACCUAGUCUGGAGACAAACCUGGCGCUCCGUGAGCUGGGUGCUGAAGCUGCGAAGAAGGCCGCUUCGUUGAAGCCCAUCCCAAGCAACAUCAAAACUACGAACCCAUUGCUGGCAGAGAAGACGAACACCCCGACCUCAGCGACGUCGAAGAAAAGCCCUACAAAAGAAGAUCCUAGUGGGAUUCUCUCACCGAAAUCCGUCCCAUUGCCCGAGACGCCGAAGCUUGCGACGCCUGCUACGCCGACCGCGACGAAAGACACAAAGGCUGCUGUCUCAACCACCAAGACGGAGGCCAAACCCGCUACAUCUAGUACGACGACGAAAGACGCGAAAGCCGUUACACCGAGCACGAGCAAAGACACUAAAGCGAAAGACGCAAAGGCAAAAGACGCGAAAGCAAAGGACAGCAAGACAAAAGAUACCAAAGCAAAACCCACAUCCUCAAAGGACUCCAAGGCAAAGUCUACAAGGAAACCAACAGGAGGUCUCUUCGGUCUUGGAAAGGCCCCAGCAAAGUCAAAGUCGAAGUCAUCAAGUAGCAAAGACACGAAGAGCAAAGAUACAAAGUCGAAGGGCACAAAGGGCACAAAGGCUGCAGCGCAACCGAGUAUUCCCAAGCUCUCGGAUCUGCAGAAACCUGUACAUGCACCUCCGUCUAUGCAUAAAGACGCAAAGAACCCUGCACUUAGUGCUGGCCCAAUAAGUUCGACGAAAAAGGAGGAGCAGGAGGAGGAGGAGGAGGAGGAGGAGGAGGAGGAUGAAGAAUCAGAGGAAGAAUCCGAGGAAGAAUCCGAGGAGGAGAGUUCAGAGGAGGAGGAUGAUGCGAAUGAAGUAACUACCGCGGCUAAGACCUCGGCAAAGGCAGACGCGAAAGCGCCUACGGCUACUGAGGAGAGCAGUGAAGAAGAGGAAGAUAGUGACGAGGAGGAAGAAGAGAGUGAAGAGGAGGACAGCGAAGAUGAGAAGAAACCGGCACCAUUGGCUACAAAAGGGAAACCAGCAACACAGGCUAAGGAAGACGGAGCAGAGGAGACUUCAGAAGAGGAUGAUAGCGAUGAAGAGGAAGAGAGUUCAGAGGAAGAUGAAGAAGAUGCGCCAAAGACGCAGAAACAGGGUGCUAAGGAUGCCAGUAAAGCUGGUGUGAGUGUAAAGGACUAA